UGGUCACACUGGCAGGAAAAGCGGAUUCUUGCCAAAUGAAAACAUUGCUGGCCAAAUCGCGCAAAUUGUCAAUUAAUCGGUAAUAAAAACAAUGGGGGACCAACAGCAGCUGAUCCUGGCCACCGGAGGCUACGAUCACACGAUAAAGGUGUGGCAGGCGCACACGGGGAACUGCAUCAAAACGAUGAGAUUCGUUGAGACCUCGCAAGUGAAUGCGCUGGACAGGACGCCGGACAAGACGCGUCUGGCGGCAUGUGGCUACCAGUGCAUCCGGCUGUAUGACCUGGAGUCCAACUGCACCGCACCGGUGAUCAAUUUCGAUGGCGUGCAGAAGAAUGUGACGCGACUGGGCUUCCAGGAGGAUGGCAACUGGAUGUUCACCGCCGGCGAGGAUCACCAUGUGCGCAUCUGGGACAUGAUCUCCGCACCGCCGCACUGCUCGCGAGUGUUCGACUGCGAGGCGCCGGUGAAUGCCGCCUGUUUGCAUCCCAAUCAGGUGGAGAUUGCCAUGGGCUCACAGAACGGCAGCGUCUUCCUGUGGGACGUCAAGUCGGAGCGGCACGAGCGGAUUGUGCCCGAGGUGGACGCCUCCAUACAGGAUGUGGCCAUAUCGCCGGACGGCCGCUACCUGGCGGCGGUCAACAACAAGGGCAACUGCUACAUCUGGUCGCUGACCAGCCAGGACCAGAAGAUGAGCACGCUGCGGCCCUCGAAGAAGAUCCAAGCGCACAGCCGCUACAUCCUGCGCUGCAAGUUCAGUCCGGACUCGAGGCUGCUGCUCACCACCUCGGGCGACGGAACGGUGGGCAUUUGGAAGACCGAUGACUUCACCAAAUGGCGCGAACUCUGCAUCGAGAACUACUGGGUCUGGGAUGCCGCCUUCAGCGCUGACUCCAAGUGGCUCUUCACCGCCUCCUCCGACGGCAUUGCGCGUCUCUGGAAGCUGGCCACAAAGAGCCCGAUCAGGGAGUACACCGGCCACACCAAGGCCAUCACUGCCCUGUCCUUCAAGGACGAGAUUGUGGGCAAAUAGUAAUAGUGGUAGUUGUAGAGCUAGCCGCUAGAAUCUAGCAACUAGGAUCUAGGAUCUAGGCAAUUUGUAAGCUUUGUGAGAGUCCUGCCAAGUUGAUUGUCUCCAGGUUGGGCCCUGAUUUCCCUUUUCUCAGCAACGCUUGUUGAAGAUUUGCCAUUUAAGUUUAGUUUUGCUUUAAAAACUGUUUGAGCUCAAUUCUAAAUUCACUAAUUUCAUAAUGGUUAAAUACAACAUAGCAAAAACUGUUAAAGAUUUGCUAUUUUUGUACCGAACUUCAAUUUAGUUUCGGUUUAAAAAGAAGCUUGUAAACUAAUUAAACUUGAAGAUUUGACAUUUGACUACCAAAUUCCUAUUAAAUUUAAAUUAACAUUCACUAUGCUCAAGUAAACAUUACUAAAAUGUGUACAAUUUUUAAUUUAAACAAGCUUUCUUUUGAAGAGCUUGGAUUCAUUUAAAUAAGUAGGUACGCAAUGUUAUAUUGUUCUUCUAAUUCCUAUUUCUUUAAUCAAACUGCCAGCAAUGCUCAUAAAAUCCCUGGUUUCCCUUUAAAAGAAACCCUUUAAAUCAGGAAGUGACUCGGAUAUUCAGUCGUUAAUGGAUUAUAUAUAAAACAAUAACCAACCAAGCGAGACAAUCAUUGAAAGGCACUAGACUCUAUGGCAAAUAAUUUGGCAAUUUUCGGAGGCAGUUAAAUUUAGGGACGAACGUAGUGAUGAAGUGAUGACGCCACAUACGCAACACACACCAAAACCAGAACUGAAGCAUCAUCCAAACAACAACAACAACAGCAGAGAAACGAGAAAAUACCUCUGAAAAUGAGCGCUUGGCUUUUGUAGCGACUUUUUCAUAAUUUAAAUAUAUAAACCUUUGAUACAUAAUUAUAUUACGACUAAAUCGUGUGUGUGUGUGUGUUUGUGUGUGUAUGCAAAAUGCAAUUUGAAUAAAUACCUUAAGGGCCCAUAAAUAUAUUAUACAUACAAUACGCAAAACAAGGAAA